GACUACUGCGUUGAUGACGGCAUGAAUUUGACGUUCCGUUCAUUGCUUGUUUUUUUGCGAUUUGCUUCAGCGUUCGUGUGUGUCCCCGCGCGGUAUAGCUUCUCCGUGAACCUGUUUUGCGUGAGCCUGCAAAAAAACAUUGCGAAUUUAUUUAUGCAAACGUCACAUAUAGUUGAAUUUCCAAGAAAAGGAUCGUUCCAUGUUCAUAGUGCGUUGAUUUAGUAAAUUGUGUUGUGGAUACUGUGAUAAUAUCGGUGAAAGUGUCUGUGCGAGGCUAAAAUAAGGAUUGUUUUCUCAUUCGCUGGGUGGCAUAUUAUAAUCUUAAAAUUCAGUAUGUCCAGAGCAAAAAUCUGAGUUGGAGAAAACAUGGGCAGUGCCACAGUGUCCAAUGCUAAACCCCAAACAGCUAUGGCAGAGACCGAGAAGAGAUCGCUGAAGAAACUCCUACGAGUCCUCUUCAAAAAAGACAAGAAAAAGGAAAAAACUGCACCCACAGAAACAGAUGGCGCUACCAUCGAACCACAGCCCCAACAAACCUCGGCGCAAGCAGUGGAAAGCAUACUCGAGAAGAUAAAACAGUUGGACAUCAAGAAGGAAGCAUCAGACUCGCGCGAGGAAGACGAACUCGAAAACUUUUCCUUUAAACCCAUAAGCGAUGAUGACGUCACAAGGCCCGACAGGUCCCAGUCCAAUUCGUCAGGGGACAGCGGGUUUAUAGAGAAGUAUGUCCCAGAAUCUGAGGACGAUGAAGAGAGAGACAAAAGUGAUGACGUCAUUGUCUCCUUCGAGAAGCUUAAUCUGAAGGAUGGUAAAAAGGAGAAGAGGGUGCAGACGGUUGUCCUGGCCAGAGCGCCUAUAAGGAACAAAGUUGGGGGAAAGCAAAUUGCACCUUAUGACCUGCAGCCGACGGACGCGUGUCGACAGAUACAAAUAAACAAGCACACACUAACCGGAGGACAAGUCAUAGUCAACCCGAGACACGUGGACUUUCUAGAGUUCGACAAUGCUACCAAACAAGUGCAGCAAUCUUCGGAGCAUUCGCAACACGAGUACGGAGGAGAAUAUCUCAACAUCAUCGCGGAGUACAUCCGGGAAGUUUGGCCCAAAAACUCCAUCGAAGAAACCAAUAUGCUCGCAGAAUUUUUACCAAUCGAAGAAUUGCAAAGUGAAAGCCUUGUUCUUACUCCCCCGCAUCAACCACCGGAGAUAUCGCAGCCAAAUCCCAUCGAAGAAUUCACGUACCACAUCCAAAACGAGUUUUUCAGUACAGACGUACCAGACUUGACAAUACUGAACGAGUUGGCUGAAAUACCAAGCGACACUAACAACCACAACCAAUACUUCUUGACCCCACCUCAUUCUGUGAACGCGUACAGUCCAAUGUCGGACUCUGCUUCUUACAAGAACUCGGAGUACACGUAUUCGCCUGAACGAUCGUCAACUUUAUCCCCUGAGAGAUCUUCGCCUAUACACAACAGUGACUAUGAGAAGUUCCAAGACAUAACCCCAUACGAGGAUACUGCGAGCAAAAAGAACGUUGAAAGGAAGGACUCGACUUCUUCUAUGACGUUGAAGCAAUACAAGGACAUGCAGAGAGAGAUAACUCAGUCUUUCUCCAAGAAAGACUGCUGUCUAUUAGAGAGGACCACUUGCAAGCAGAUCUUCUUGGAAUACUUGCAGCGGUUAAGCCAGGAAGAGCGCAAGAAUAUGUGCUUCAAAGUGGUCAGGCUGGACUUGAGCAACGCUUAUGGGGUCCUUCAGAACAUCCUGAUCAGCCUGUCGCAGGGCCCGGAGAAGGAGGACCUACAGUACGCCCUGUUCUGCAUGGUCUGCGAGCGGGUGUUGGCGCAGAAACCUCAAUGGCUGGUAGAUGACUUCGGUCUGAACCUCCUCAAGUCUGCGGCUCUACGCUGCCCCAACAGACCAGAGCUGACUCGCUACUUGGUUCAAUGCGUCCGUAACGCCAUACGACACGAUUCGAGUCUCAUACAAGGUCGGGACAGCGUCUUCCAUGAGGUGGACGCCCUAGGCGACACGUUGUUGAUAGCGUGCGUGCGGCGCGGUGACGCGUGCGCCGACGUGCUGGGAGAGUUAACGCGUCGCUCCGACAAUGAUGACAUGCCGCUGUUCAAAGUCAACCACGUCAACGCUGACGGAGCAUCAGCGUUGCACGUGGCUUGUAGCGAGCACAGCGCGGCCUGCCCCCGCCUGCACUGCGCGCACAUACUGCUGACACACGCCGCCGCUGACGUGUGGCAAGGGGAUGCUAAAGGCGGCGACACGGCGCUCCAUAUGGCGGUAAAUUCCCGCACCUGCGACCUGCCUCUCAUCAUGGUUAUAUUCAGCCACCUGAACAGGAAAGACUGGAAGAAAUUGGCACACGCGCCUAAUACGUGCUCCAAGUCACCACUCGAGAACGCACGGUCAGCCAUGCGAUCACCUUCGAGAGAAAAUUACCCGCCAGAAGUUUUGGAGUUUCUGAAAAAAUGUCGCUAAAACCAGCAAUAACCGAACGCAGAAAUGCAAUUACGAAAAAACAAAACGCGUUUAUUUUUUUAAGUCAUAGACUAAGGUAGUAAUUUAAGGAGAAUAUUUUUUUAAAGAUAAUUUUUUGUUAUAAAAAAGGAGCAGAAAUUAAACGCAAAUGUGUGUGUGGAGUUGUUUUAUUUUUUUCAUUUGUGUUGUUAACCAGAGACGUAGAGAAUGCACUGAAUUUGACAACUCUCUAGAAUGAGAUAAAUUGGCCGCACCAACGCUUGGUCUCUUUCACACCUAACUGCCCAAUUUGAGUUUAUAAUUGGACAAAAAAUGCUCAUUCGUCUCUAUGUCUACUAUAAAUUAAACGGAUUAUUUCUUUUCCUUAGAUUCAAAAUAAUAUAUCUGUGUUAUAAAGUAAUAAGUAAGACUAUGUUUGAAAUUAAAUGAUGUCCCAUUUGCAUCAAAAUGUUGAACGUUUAAGUUGAAUAACCUUUUUUGCAACAACCACAGGUUUGAGAAUUUCAAUAUAAAAAAAAAGAAUAUUGUGGCUGUAUGAAGCAGCCAUCGUCAAGCGAGACAAUAUGUAAAUAAAAAAACGCAUUUGGAAACAUAGAGGUAUAAGAAUAGAGUAAUGGAGAUAUAGACUCUAGUACAAGUGGAAGUGUCCCUCUAAUAGAAAGAGAAAGAAGAUGAGAGACUGCUAGCUUUCUCUCUCUAAUUGCGCAUGCGCAGUAUUUCGAUGUGAUGCCAUUGGAUGCCAUGCGUCACAAGAGAGAGAGAUAGCGGUCUCUCAUCUUC